AACGAAGUGCAACGGAUGUUCAUGAGAGAGCAUGCUAUGAGAGAAGAUGUGAAAGGCAAUCCGUUACCUCCUCAAUUUUUCUAUAACGAAGAAUAUCUAGGAGUAAGUGACUUCGAUCUUACGAAUUUUGUCGAUUUCGAAGAGGCCGUUGAAGAUGAUCGUAUUCACGAAUUCCUCCGGUUGGCACCACCAAAGUGCAAAGAAAACGUCGAAAACAAGGAGAACCACGUCGACAAAGUUCCCAAGCAUUUAGUCAGUAACUAUGUGGUAAUCAGCUCUUUACCCGGUAACUGCGUGGCAUCAGAGCCGGAGGAGAGCAAUGAAACUGAAAAGGAGGUGGGUUAUUUACUUUACGAGGGCAAAUCGGACAAGAAAAAAGUAAACGGGGUAGCGGGUACACACGACGAAGGCGAAGGCGAAGAUGAAGGGGAAGCUGAGGAUGAAGGUGAAGAAGAAGAAGGUGAAGACGAAGAGGAAGGAGAAGGAGAAGAUGAGGAAGAAGGCGAAGAUGAAGAAGAGGGAGAAGACGGGAAAGAAAAGACUAUCGAUCACGUAUUCACAUUGCCAACAUCAGCCAAAGGGAACGACGUCAAAAAGGAUGAGGAGAAAAAGGAUGAAAAGAAGAAGAUUAAUGAGAAGGAGAAGAAAGAAGAGCCCGAAGCUGAGGUAGAAGAAACGGCUGUUAUACGACUAGGUGGUACAGCUGCAAAAACUGAUGCCGAAGAUGAAGGGCUAGAUGAAGAAGAGGAAGAGGAUGAAGACGAGGGUGAAGAAGAAGAAGAAGACGAAGGAGAAGAGGAGGAUGAAGAGGAAUACGAGGAAGAAGAAGAGGCUGAAUGA